UUACGUAACCAGCGCGACAGUGACGACACGUCGAGGCUAACACGGGCUAACUUAGCUCGAGAACUCGCUUAAAAGUCAAACCCUCUCGGCGUUUCCUCCACAGAGACACGGAGAAGUCGAGCGGAGAGGACAGACAGACAGACAGACAGACAGACAGACAGACUCCUGUGUGUGUGUGUGUGUGGAGGACAGCGUGUGACAGACUGAAGGACAGUGAGAGUGUCUCUGAAGAAGAAUAUUAGUCCCGGAAAUGGCUUUAGCUACAGCGCUGCGAAGACUGAGCGACGCCAGGCUACGACGACUGUGUGGACGGACAGCGGCGGGUCUCACCGCCGGAGCCCGGCUCACAGCCGGAGCCCGGCUCCCCGCACAGAGGAGCUUCACCGCCGGGACACACGCUCUGAGGUCGGGCGACAAGGUCACCGUUCACUUCGUCAACAGAGACGGAGACAAGAUCACGGUGAAGGGCUCGCCCGGAGACUCGCUGCUGGACGUCGUCAUCAACGAAGACCUCGACUUUGACGGAUACGGAGCGUGUGAGGGAACGCUGGCGUGCUCCACGUGUCACCUGAUCUUCGACGAGGACACUUACAAGAAGCUGGGAGUGGUCACAGACGAGGAGCUGGACAUGUUGGACCUGGCAUACGGACUCACGGACACGUCUCGUCUGGGUUGCCAGAUCUGUCUGAGCAAAUCUCUGGACGGAAUCGUGGCCAGAAUUCCAGAGAGCGUCGCCGACAUCCGACAGAGCACAGACGGCUCUGUUUAACACACACACACACACACACACACACACACACACACACACACACACACACACACACACACACACACACACACACAAAAGCCACGCCUCUCUGUGGUCAAGUAACAAUCUACCAGAACUGUUGUAAUCUGCUCUGCUGCCAUGGCAACAUGUUUGGUUGUGUUUUUUAAACCUGACGACGACGACUAACAAAACAAUGAUUGUUUUAGAAAAUAAAUGAUGUGGAAUAAGAGAUAUUUAUUAUUACACCGAAA